AUGCCGAAGGCCGCGGGGGAUGCCAAGCUCCUGAUCCAGUCCCUCACCAAGGCCUACGCCGCCACGCCCACGAAUCUCAAGAUCAUUGACCUGUACGUGGUUUUCGCGGUCGCCACUGCCCUGGUUCAGGUCGUUUACAUGGGAAUAGUUGGGUCAUUCCCCUUCAACUCUUUCCUGUCUGGUGUCCUGUCAUGCAUUGGAACUGCAGUGCUUGGUGUUUGCCUCCGUAUUCAAGUCAACAAGGACAACAAGGAAUUCAAGGAUCUUCCCCCGGAGAGGGCCUUUGCUGAUUUCGUCCUGUGCAAUCUGGUGCUCCACCUGGUGAUCAUGAACUUCCUUGGAUGA